CAACAGAAAGAAAGAUUGUCGAUUUGGUAAUUAUUGGAGUUGGUCAAAGAGGGCAAAACUAUUCAAGAUAUGCAAGGGAAUUUCCAGAUCAUUGCCGAGUUGUGGCCAUUGCUGAGCCUAGAAAAGCUGUAAGAGCCAAAAUGAUCAAGUUGUACAAUUUAUCGGAGGAUGUUUGUUUUACUGAUUGGCAAACAUUGUAUCACACUUUGAAAAAGAAUAAUAAUAAGGCUACAUUCUUGGAUGAGAGCCAUGAACGUGCUGUAGUGAUUGCUACACAGGAUCAGUAUCACGUUGAGCCAGCAAUUGCCUUUGCUCACUUAAAGUUUAACAUUUUACUUGAAAAACCAAUGGCUGUAAAUGAGGAAGAUUGUAAAAGAAUUACCAAAGCUGUGGAGGAGAAUAAUGUCAAACUUGCUGUUUGCCAUGUACUGAGAUAUUCCAUCUAUACUCAAAAAUUGAAGGAACUUCUCAAGAGUGGACUCAUUGGAAAUAUUAUCAAUAUUCAACAUUUGGAACCUGUUGGUUACUUCCACUAUGCACAUUCAUAUGUGAGAGGAAAGUGGGCAAAUGAAAACACUUCCUCACCAAUGCUUCUUGCCAAAUCUUGUCACGACAUUGAUUGGAUUAGUUAUGUCAUGCAACCAGCAAAGGUUGUGAAUGUAUCAUCAUUUGGAUCAUUGAUUCAUUGCAGAAAAGAGAAUAAGCCAGAGGGAGCAGCCAGUAGAUGUUUGGAUUGCCCAUCUUCUAUUGAGGAAAAUUGCUGUUACUCAGCCAAGAAAAUUUACUUGGAUCAAGUCAAGAUGGGAGAAACUGGAUGGCCUGUUUCAGUUAUAGUAGAAAGUGGUGAAGAGCCAACUGUUGAAAAUGUUAUUAAUUCUUUAAAGACUAAUAAUUACGGUAGAUGUGUCUAUGAUUCAGAUAAUAAUGUUGUUGAUAAUCAAGUUGUUUCUCUUCAAUUCGAUAAUGGUGCCACUUGCACCUUUACAAUGAUUGCCUACUCGAAGGAAAUUUGCGAAAGAAAGAGUAGAAUUUAUGGAACUAAGGGAGAAAUUGAAGUUAUUGGAAAUGAAAUCAAACACUUUGAUUUUUUAACAGGAUCCUACAAGACUAUCGAUUUGAAUCAAGAACUUCCAAAUACUUCAUUGAGAGGACAUGGUUUUGCUGACUUUUACUUGAUGAAUCACUUUAUUGACGCUGUUGGAUUGAAUGAUUCUGCCAAACUUGUUUCCAAUGCAAGAGAAACUCUCAAUUCUCACCUUUUAGUUUUUGAAGCAGAAAAAGCCAGACAUUCCAACACUGUUUUGAAAUUCAAUCACAAUGUUGACUUGACCAAUGUAGUUGCUACUCCAAUCCAAGAUAACACCAAGUGUGAAUUAAUAUAACAGUUAUAUGAUACUCAAUUUCAUUAUGAAAAUCCACUCGAAAUAAUUUUCAAAAAGUAAAAAAUUCAAAAAAAUGCAACCAUAAUUUUU